CAUACCGGCUUGCGGCAGGAACCGUCGCCGGUUGCACACGCACAGCAUCGUCUUGCCUCUGGACUCACACAGAGACGCAGCCUUCUCUUCGGCCAAGCUCGGUCUGGCCCAGCCGGGCCAAGCCUGCUCUUUGCAGGCAGUGGGGAGUUCCCUCCACCCACGCAUUCCCCCUUGAGUGGCGCGAUGCUCUUUUCUCUGCGGGAGCUGGUGCAGUGGCUGGGCUUUGCGCCCUUCGAGCUGCUCCUGCAGGCCCUGGCGCUGCUGGUGGCAUCGGUGCUGCUGGUGCUGAAGGUGGACGGGGUGGCGACGGGGCUUAGCUGGUGGGGAGUCUUUGCCCCUUUCUUUGCCGCCGAUGGACUGAGCACCUAUUUCACCACCAUUGUCUCGGUGCGCCUCUUCCAGGAUGGUGAGAAGCGCCUAGCUGUGCUGCGCCUUUUCUGGAUUCUCACUUUGCUUAGCCUCAAGUUUGUCUUUGAGAUGCUCCUCUGCCAGAAGCUGGGUGAGCAGAGCCACGAGUUGUGGUAUGGACUUAUCAUGGCACCUGUCUUCAUCCUCCUUCAGCUUCUCAUGAUCCGGGCCUGCAGGGUCAACUAGAUGCUAUCCUGCAUCCUUCUGGUGCUGCAGGGACAUCUAAUUUCUCCAACACUUGCAAGAAUAAUAUAUCCCACCUGAAAUGGCUGUACAAGGAUGUUGUCCUGCCAAUGAUUAGCUGACUGCCAGCUUGCAUACAAGAUCAAUCUGUGGUUUAGCUGGAGAGAUACUUUUGCUCUUCUUUGCCGGCAACAGAUUUAACUCUUUCAUAUGCGCUGUGUCAAUAUAUCUUUCAGGGUUAUUCUUUGUGGUUAACUGGCUGCCUCUCACUGGUGUUCCAGGAUUAGGCAUUUGCUGAAAAAGUCACCUGACUUUCUGUCUUGACAUAGAAGAAAGAGGAACAACUGACAAGACAUUUUUGUACUGACAAGACAUUUUUGUACUGACAAGACAUUUUUGCACCCAUGUCAUGUAUGGAUUUGGGGUUCAGACCAAAAGCAGCUCAUUACAUAGUGUUGUUCUUGGAUGUUUUACCUGUCUUCGAUCUUUGUGUAAUAUCUUCAGAAUUGAAUAAGAUCUGAUUGCAUUGGUUAUUUCUGAAUAAUUAUAUAAUGUACAUUUUGGUGGUGCCUUUUUCUGUAUAAAAGCCUCUUCCUCAGAUGUGUUUUAGCCAUCUUAAAAGAACAGAAGGAGCUCAAAGGCUAUGUUUCCAAGAUUCCUGGAGCACAGGUUUUGUUUGUCUAUAAUGGCACUCAAAAAGAUACAUAUGUUGUCCUUGUGACUGUGGGAUGGCCCAAGUAAUGCAGCCCCUUGGUGUUCUGACCAGGGGAGAAAAUUUGAAUUGUUCAGGGGGAUCGUGUGUUAUAGAUAAUGUGGGUGCUUCUGGGAGUCCCCCAUGCCUGACAACUCCAGUGUAGGAUGCACCAGGAAAUUUGUCUGAGAUUUCUCUUGAGCCACUGUGAUGGAGUGUUUAGAGUGUUGAGUUGGAACUAGGGAGACCUGAAUUCAGAUCUUCACCCUGUCAUGAAGCUCAUUUGGAGACUGUGUCAAUCAGCCUAACCUACCUCGCAAGGUAGUUGGGUGGAUAAAAUGGAGGAGGGGACACUAGGUAUGUUACUUUGACUUCCUUAAAAGAAGGGACAGAUAAAAAUCUAAUAUAUAAUUAAAGCGGAGACGACUGUUUUAGCACCACCUUAUGAGUGGGUCUGCAAUUGAGGAAAUGUGGCCUUUUAGCUGCAGUGCUGGACUUACACUCUCAUCUCUUGGAGCACAGUUUUCAUUUGCCUGUGGGUAAAAACUGGAGGCACUCAAAAAGAGAAAUGUUUUAGAUAAAUAAGUAAUAAAUCUGCACCAGACAUCCUUGCAACCAUCUCCCAAUUCUUUAAGUGGCACUUAAUUUCAAGGAAACAGGCAUAAGAUUGGCAGCCCCUAUUUUGAUCCUUUCUCUCCUCCCACAGCCUUAAACUCAGUCGACAGCUUUGGACAAGUUAUACUGUCUCAGCUUCAGUUCCCCAUCUAGGAAAUGAGAACAUGAGAGACCUACUCAUUUGUAAACUGUCUUGCGCAA